AUGCAAAAGCUUUACUUUAUUUUAUCGUUUGUUUUAAUUAUAAUUUUUCACUUCAAUGCACAUGCCGUUCCCCUAAGAUAUAGGCGAGCAUUUUCCUACAUUGCCAAUGAUACCGCCUGUACAGUUGACCACAUUGUCUACAAAGACGGUGAUCCGAUCCCUACUGACGACCCGUGCGAGUCAUGCAAGUGUCGACCACCAGGUUUUGCGUGUGUCCUAAGAGAGUGUGAGGUCAAGACUGGAUGCAAAGCUAUCCGAAGAGAGGGCGAGUGUUGUCCAGAAUACCAGUGCGGUUGUGAACACAAUGGAAAGUACUAUCGGGACGGCGACCGUAUUCCCAAUGCCGAGAGUCCCUGUUAUUCGUGUUACUGUCAGGGCAGCUCAAUUACAUGCUCACUGGCCGACUGUAAGUUCAGAUUUGACUGCGAACCUGAAUAUCUUCAGGGAGAGUGCUGUCCCCGAUAUGAUCACUGUCCACCCGAGCAUGUAGCAACAAGUGUGACUGUCAAGAGUACUAUGAUACCGGUGCUGACCACACUCAUGACCACAAAGCCAACCGUACCAAUCUAUACAACAUCACAGUCGCCAAUAACUACAUCACCAGCUCAUACACCACCAACAACAACAACUCCGGCAACAGCACCGACAGUGGUCACUACAACUACUACUACACCUCCAUCAUCACCAUCGAUGUCGUCGACGUCAGAAAACAAGGAAUUACCCACAAGUACUUCAAUCAAAAUGUUUACAACAACUACAACACCUCCACCAGAGACAACACAAGAGCCUAUCGCGACAACACUGUCGACUACCACCACCACCACUACUACUACAGAAUCUCCUAUAACAACACUAUCUACAGAAUAUGCAACAUCACCGCCACCAUCUACGACAACAACUACAACUACACCGACGCCUAUACCUGAAACUGAAACAACAACUACACCUGAGAUAACAACUAUGCCAGCGAUGAUCACCACCAGCACAUCGAGCUCAUCAUUGCCACCAUCGACUUUGCCGCCUAUUUCUAUAACUCAAAAAGAUAUUGUCGACAACUUAUCUUCUGUUUCUUCGGGUUCAAGUCUAACGACUGAGGAGACUAUAACCAUCGCCGCCACCGUCGCCGACAUCGAAUCUCCAACAACUUUAGCCGCGACUAUAGCUGAUAAAGAAUUGCCAACAGAAAUGACUACAAAAUUAUCGAUCGAAUCGAUUAGUUCAUCGACGACAACACCACCAGAAUCUACAGAAUCCGUGACAUUGAGAAUAUCGACAGAAUUGCCGACCACUUUGAGUGAAUCUAAAGAAUCGUCUAAAGAGACAACAAAUACUCCAAUUAUUGAAUACUCAACAACUAAUACUCCAGACAUAGUCGUCAGCACUGAUAUCUCUGAUGGUGUCAGUAAAGAAAGCUCAACACUAGUAACUGAUUCAAGUCCUUCAUCGGCUGAAACAACUGGAUUACCUGAAACCCCAGUUUCUUCUACUUCGACAUCAGUUGAAACAGAUAAAAAUGAAUCAAGUGUUGAGUCAGUAACUUCAGCGCCUAAAGUAAACGAAAUGACAACCAAUUUGGUAACUACUUUACCAUCAUCUGAGACAACCAAUGAAGACAAAAUAGAAACGACUUCAAAGGAAGUGAUAGUUGAAUUGGAAACGACAACCAAUAGUUUGAUCACAGAUUUAGAUAAAUCGGAAACAAAAGUGACUGAAGAAAAACUCAUUCCCGAUAUGACCACAAUUACAGAUACACAGACAACACAGCCGCCAUCGGUAAAAUUGGAUAUCACCACCACUACUGCUAAACCUAUUGAAGUCGCUGAAGAGAUUACUACAACAUCAGAGAUUAUAUUGAAAGAGACUGUGGCAUCGCAACCGUCAUCUACAGAGUCCACCACCGAAAAAGUCACACCAGAAGAUAUUAAAACAACGACCAUUGAAACUGAAUUGACCACUAAAUCGGAAACAUCGGCUGAAACGUCUACUGAAUUAAAAUCAGAGUCGAUUGCAACGGAAAGUCCAACAAUAGUUAGUUCAGCAGAAAGUAUUGUCACAGAAAUGCCAAAGAUUAUAACAACAACAACCAUUAGACUUGAUUCGGAAACUAAUGAAUCAGAAAUGACAACUAAACCAAUUGUUGUCGAAGAAGUGGUAAUUAAAACUGACGAACCACCAAAAGCUCCGGAAGAAAUGCCGACAACUACAGUGAGAUCGGAAGCGACUGUCAUUGUGACUGAAAAAAUUCAAACACAGCCACAAAGUUUGCCGUCUGAAACCCAACCUUCAGAAUUGACAACUCAGACAUCGAUAAUUGUUUCCGAAGAAUCUAAGAUUACCGAUGAAAAAGCAGAAAAAACAUUAACGACGACAACGAUUCCAAUAACAACCAAAGUUGACGAUGAAAUUAGUGAAGCAAACGUAUCGCCCGACUCUAUGGUCGACAAAUCAACAUCAGAUCCAACUGUUGUUAAAUCGGACGAUCUGUUAAAAGAAAUUACAACAGAAAUUAUAAGCACUGAAAUGAGUACUUCCAAAGACAUAAUUAAUGAUAAUACUGAACCAUUAGCAUUAGUUACAACAGUUAGUCCAUCAUCGGUGGAAACAAUGACAACGACAACAUCAAUCAAUGCACAAGACGUCACUAAAGUGACGGCGGCUAAAGACAUUGUCGACGAGGCUGUGAUUCCUGAAGUGACUACAACUAAACCACUGAAGACAAUUGAAGAGAUAACAACAACAACUACUACUUCUACUGAAGUUAGCGAAAAUGUCGAUAAUGUAGUUGUUGUCAAAACAACAGAUGAACCCAAAGUUGUAGAAGUAGAAAGUGUUAGCAACGAAGUAACAGAAAUUGUCACCGAAGUAAUGACCAGUGCAUCGGAUCCGACAAUGACGACGACGACAACAGCGGUUCCAGUUAUUGCCAAUGAUUCAAAUGAAUUGAAUGACGAACCUAUCACUAAUAAAACUGAUGUAAUUGUUUCAAAUGACACAAAACUUAUCGAAACGAUCUCAACAACAACAACAACGACGACAACACCGACACCAACAACAACAGUACUGCCAGAAAUGUCUAGUGAAUUGACGACAACAAGUAAUGGUGGAUCUAAUCUGGAAAUUGCCACAAAUAGUGCCAUUGAUGAUGAUGUGGUGGUAGAAGAUAUUAAGACAGAAGCAAACAAAUCGGAUGAGACAACAGCUGAGAAAACUAUUGAAGAGACGACAGAAAAAUCUGGUGAUAUUAUUAUUGACUCUCUGAAGAAAACAACAAAAGUCUUUGAAGACAUCGUUGAAUCAACGAUAGCGACGAUUAGUUCAGCGGUUAAUUAAAAUCUGAU